AGCAAAUAUGAACUUAAAGUGCCUUUUAUUGAAUUGCAUGACAAUUAUUGUUAUCGCACAACACCACCAAUGUUUGGCCACUUUGUCACAAAGUAGUCGUACCUCUAAAACAAAGAGUCAGGUGGAGCCGAAAGCACCGGUCAAUGAGUCUCUGGCCGACCGGAACCUAAUCGUCACGAAUCCCAAAGUGAAAGAAGUACUCCUCGAACACAAUGCCUACAACUUAGAGACCACUUCUGUCCGCAACUUCAACGGAACAGUACUCGGAUAUGUCACACCUUGGAACUCUCGGGGCUAUGAUAUCGCCAAACUGUUUGCCAUGAAGUUCACACAUUUAGCUCCGGUAUGGCUUCAGGCAAAGCUCAAUGACGACGAGGAGACCAUUACCAUUGAGGGCACGCAUGACAUCGACUUCAAGUGGAUGCAAACCGUCCGAGAGCUCAACCCUGACAUUAAGAUCGUGCCGCGAAUUAUA